AUGCCUGGUCCCGACGGGCCCUGUGCCCCUUUCUGAGGUCGUUACCUCUCAGGCAUCGCGUCGCGUGCCUCCGUUCUCUGGUUCAGGGGUCGAAUCCCCCGCCGUUCGCGCCUCCUCACGUCCGCGUACGUGUAGAUGCCCGGUCCCGACGGACCGGAGGGGCGUUGCCACUUCCUGCACAGCCGAGGGCUGACGUGCUGGAUUUGGACCCGGUCUCGACGGGCCCUGUGGCCCUUUCUGAGGUCGUCACCUCUCAGGCAUCGCGUCGUGUGCCUCCGUUCUCUCGUUCAGGGGUCGAAUCCCCCGCCGUUCGCGCUUCCUCACGUCCGCACCCGCUAUUCUUUCACGUCGGGUCCGCAUGACCGAGUUGGCGCGUCUGUAUCACCAUUCUUUCCCUCUUCUCGUGCCGUGCCGUCUCUUCCGCCCCGUUCCGAUGUACCAACAACCUCCUCGGGUUCCGCUACCAUGCCGGGCUUUCCUACUUCGCCUUCGAUUCCACCGUCUUUCUCGACUCCGUCUCCGAUUCUCGCUCCCGGCUCGCCUCGAAUUUGGCCCUCACCGCACGCUCAAUACUCGUUUCCCGUACGAUUCGAACCGCUUUCUGUGGCCCUUUCUGAGGUCGUUACCUCUCAGGCAUCGCGUCCGUUCUCUGGUUCAGGGGUCGAAUCCCCCACCGUUCGCGCUUCCCCACGUCCGCGUACGUGUAGAUGCCCGGUCCCGACGGACCGGCUGGGCGUUGCCCCUUCCUGCGCAGCCGAGGGCUGACGUGCUGGAUUUGAAUUUCCAGACCCGCUAACCGCUGCUUCGGCGGACUCUGCGAGCAUCGCCGAACUGCCCAUCCACGGGGUGGGCAGGGUUCCACUCGAACCUGUCGCGGCCGGCAGCAAAGGAGACGUCCCGUUCGUGCUUUCAAUGCCGCGCCGGGCUCGUCGCCAGCGCCCGAAACUUCCGCUCGCAUGCGAAUCAUGGCUCGCGAAGUCGACUCGUUCCAUGAUGCGAUGUACAAGAUUGUUACGCCGCUCGAUGCUGGUGCGUUCGAAUCCAACAUUAAGGCACUCGCAAAGGUCGCGCACGUCGCGCCGUACCUGGCCGCUAUACCGAAGCAGAUCCGAGAGGGCUUGAUUUCGGCAUCAAGGACCCUCCGUCGGAGCGUCACAUCGCGAAGAACGCACCGCUCAGUGAGGAGCAACAACUGGUCAUGGACGGCGAGAUGGAGCGCAUGCUCGAUCUCGGGUACAUCGCGGGCCCGUAUGACAAGGACGAGCUCGAGGCCGCGGUCGGUCCUUUCCGCACGAAUCCGAUCAGCUAUGUGCCGAAGUCAGUAGCGCCCGGAAUGCCGGUCUUACCCGAAGGCGAAACCGAUCGUUCGAACCACAGACCUUGACGAAGCGAAUCAUCCGUCGACGAGCGGGCAUGGACCGUCGCAACGGAAUGCUUCGUCUAGCCGUCCGAAACUCGUUUCCAUUAAUGACGACCUGAAAUCUGCGGAUUUUCCUUGCCGUUGGACGACCUUGCCCAUGUUGUACCGCAAGUUCCGCGAGCUUCCCUUGACGGCGGAAGUCUGCGGUUGGGAUUUCGCCGAUGCGUUCUACCAGCUCCCUUUGCGAUGGGACCAGCGAUCGAGCAUGUGCAUCUUGUGGCGCGGCCUCAUCUUCGUACGACGAGUCCCAUGCUUCGGUGGCAGGACUACUCCCAGUGUCUUUGGGAACGUUGCGGACCUGACCCAAGACUUGGUCGAAUGGAAGUUCCCCGGCAUGUCAAUCUUCAAGAUGGUUGACGAUGUUUGCGCGGUCCGAACGUCGGAUGCCAUAUCGCAAGAAGCCAUUCUUCAUUUCGUACGAUCCCUCGGCUGGCGCCUCGCGGAGCAGAAAGGAUUCACGUGGACGUGUCAGUUUGUCCACGUCGGGAUUGACUGGGAUUUGGUUCUAAUGACUGCGAGGGUCACCGAUCAGAAGCGGAUGCGCUACAUCGACGCCUUGGUGAAAGGUAGCUGCGCCGAUCAGAAGGAACGCUCGGAGGUCGAGUCGGUCACUGGGUCGUUGGGGUAUGUCGCCUACAUCCUACCUGCAUUACGGACCCAUCUCAACUGUCUAUACAGACAGUGUAUCGCGCACGGGGACCGGAAGGCGGUAUCGCGGGCGCGUCGCCUGGACCGUCGCACGUACGAUCAACUCGAAUACUGGAGAAGGUCCCUCUCGUCGGAAGGCCCAUUCUCCACGUCGUUCGAGGCCCUCCCGAUCCCAUCGAAGCUUGCGCUAGCGUGGGAUGCCUGUAUGCACGGACUAGGCAUCGUCAUCAACGGAUACUCCGCGUACUUCGCUCUCCCCGAGGGGUGGACGGAUCUGCCACCGCCUCGACACUCGGUCUCGAUCACGAACGCAGAGCCGUGGGCGGUCGAGGCGCUGGCCGAGGCUGCGUUACGAAUGUCUAAAGACGAUAGACAUUUCGUUCUACAAUGCGACAACACCGGGGUUGUGCUUGGAUGGAGGAAAGGGCAUUCGAUGAAUCCCUUGUUGAACUCGUCGCUUUCAAACCUGCGCAGCCUUGAGGAAACUCGAGGUGUGAAGUGGUCGAUUUAA